GCUGGUUAGUACGCUUUGAGUGUUCAACGAUAUCGGCCACCACAUCACGGAGCGGACGGUAAUCGAACGGCAAAGUACGCCAGCCAGACCAUCAGCAGGGCGCGUGUGCACACACUCACACACACACACACACAAACACGCACACGAGUGUGUGUGAGCGAGAGGGACGGCUGUCUUGUCUUGGAGAGUGACCACCCCGGGGGCAGUGGACGGUGACGUCGGUGCAGCAGUUUGCUAUCCUUUGUGUGCUUAGGACGUGUGGAUUAGGCUAGAAACGUAUUUGUUUUGCGGACACAAAUGGACGCCCAGACAGAGACGGAAAUGCCCACGGGCAACGUGAGCGACGAGCCCUUCCUCGGCCCGUUGGACAUCAUCCUGCUCGUCAGCCUGCUGGCCGGCACCGCCUGGUACCUGCUGAAGGGCAAGAAAAAAGAAAAUCAAGCUAGUCAGUUCAAAUCCUACUCGAUCCAACCGACGACCGUCAACACGAUGACAAUGGUGGAGAACUCGUUCAUCAAGAAGCUGCAAUCUUCCGGUCGCCGUUUGGUGGUGUUUUACGGUUCCCAAACAGGCACGGCAGAGGAAUUUGCCGGUCGUCUGGCGAAGGAAGGAAUCCGCUAUCAGAUGAAGGGCAUGGUGGCCGAUCCGGAGGAGUGCAACAUGGAAGAACUGCUGAUGUUGAAGGACAUCGACAAAUCGUUGGCUGUGUUUUGCUUAGCCACGUACGGCGAGGGUGACCCGACGGACAAUUGUAUGGAGUUUUACGACUGGAUACAGAACAACGAUCUGGACAUGACCGGUUUGAAUUACGCGGUAUUUGGCCUCGGCAAUAAGACGUACGAGCAUUACAACAAGGUCGGCAUCUACGUGGAUAAGCGGCUCGAGGAGCUCGGUGCGAACCGAGUGUUUGAGCUAGGACUCGGUGACGAUGAUGCGAACAUUGAGGACUACUUCAUCACGUGGAAGGAAAAGUUUUGGCCAACGGUGUGCGAUUACUUCGGCAUCGAAAGUACGGGCGAGGAUGUGCUGAUGCGCCAGUACCGUCUGCUGGAGCAACCGGACGUGAGCGCCGACCGCGUGUAUACCGGCGAGGUGGCACGGCUCCACUCGCUCCAAACGCAGCGUCCACCGUUCGAUGCAAAGAACCCGUUCCUGGCACCGAUCAAGGUAAACCGGGAGCUGCACAAAGCCGGCGGCCGGUCCUGCAUGCACGUCGAGUUCGAUAUCGAAGGUUCGAAGAUGCGGUACGAGGCGGGCGACCAUCUCGCCAUGUACCCGGUAAACGAUCGGGAUCUGGUCGAGCGGCUCGGCAAGCUGUGCAAAGCCGACCUGGAGACGGUCUUCUCGCUCAUCAACACCGACACGGACAGCAGCAAGAAGCAUCCGUUCCCGUGCCCAACCACGUACCGGACCGCCCUGACGCACUACCUGGAAAUAACGGCCCUGCCGCGUACCCACAUCCUGAAGGAGUUGGCCGAAUACUGCUCGGAGGAAAAGGACAAAGAGUUCCUGCGGUUUAUCUCGUCGACCGCACCGGAAGGCAAGGUCAAGUACCAGGAAUGGGUGCAGGACAGCUGCCGCAACAUUGUGCACGUGCUGGAGGACAUCCCGUCCUGUCAGCCACCGAUCGAUCACGUGUGCGAGCUGCUGCCCCGUUUGCAACCCCGCUACUACUCCAUCUCCUCCUCGUCCAAGAUCCAUCCGACGACGGUGCACGUGACCGCGGUGCUGGUACGGUACGAAACGAAAACGGGCCGCCUGAACAAGGGCGUGGCGACGACCUUCCUCGCGGAAAAGCACCCGAACGAUGGGGAACCGUUACCGCGCGUGCCCAUCUUCAUACGCAAGAGCCAGUUCCGCCUGCCACCGAAACCGGAAACGCCCGUGAUAAUGGUGGGCCCCGGUACGGGGUUGGCACCGUUCCGUGGCUUCAUACAGGAGCGUGAUUUCUGCAAGCAGGAAGGUAAAGACAUCGGACAGACGACGCUCUACUUUGGCUGCCGCAAACGGUCCGAGGACUACAUAUACGAAGACGAGCUGGAAGACUACUCCAAGCGGGGCAUCAUCAAUCUGCGCGUGGCGUUCUCGCGCGACCAGGACAAGAAGGUGUACGUGACGCAUCUGCUAGAGCAAGACUCGGACCUGAUAUGGAACGUUAUCGGCGAAAACAAGGGACACUUUUACAUCUGCGGUGAUGCAAAAAAUAUGGCCACCGAUGUGCGAAACAUUCUGCUAAAGGUCAUACGGUCGAAGGGUGGGCUAAGCGAAACCGAAGCCCAGCAGUACAUCAAAAAGAUGGAAGCACAAAAGCGAUACUCGGCGGACGUUUGGAGCUAAUCGUGUUGAUGGCUCCCCCCAUCCCGUGCACAUACACACAAAGGACACCUACCACACCUACCGCUUUACCAGUGCGCAGCCUUUUACACCUUUCCCUUUGAUAGAGUUUUCCUCCCCACCCGGCGCAGAUCAAGCAGUGGAAAAGCACAUUUUGCUGCUGUUUCGUGCGUGUUUGUAAGGUUGUUUUCCGUUCGUUUUUUUUUUUUUGUUGUGUUUUCCACCCCCGUACCGUGUAGAAGAGGAUAUAUGUUUUUAGUCGUAAAGCUCGUUUUAGUCCAUUUUUCUUUUCUUCUCGUCGUGGGCUGGGUGUUACGUUACGUUCAUUUUAUUUAGGUCGAUGUUCAAUGGUCCGUAAUCUAGCACGGCAUUACGCAACAAAACACCGGUUGGGCGAAGGCAAUAGUUACAAUUUUAUAUGUUCAUCAGCUUUAAAAUUUACCGUGUGUGGGGUGUAAUUCUGUUCCGCCAAAACUCGGACAUACUGUGAAAAGGACAGGGAGGGGAAAGAGGGGAGUGGGGGCUUUGUAAUGGGAAGUAGGAACGUCGAUAGAAGAACUUUGUAUUUUAUUUCCGCCGGCAUCGGCUAAAAAAACGUGUUAUAGACGGGCGCGAUCCAUGCGCGAUUGCUCGACAAGAAAGAGAGAGAGAGAGAGAGAGAGAGAAAAGCGAGGACAUGUAUAAUAAUAGCAUCAAUGGUUGUAGUUAGCAGCGGGUGAGAGAUACAGAAAUCCUUUCAAUCCUUCUUUUUUUAAAUAUAUUCAUAUACAAGCGCGUGUGUGUGUGUGUGUGGUUACACAUACAGCGCGAAGCAUAUACGAACAAACUACACACGUGUCCGGUUUUCCGUUGCGGGGAGUAGAAUGGAAAAGCAGCUAAACUCUGUUCUAGCGAAAUGCAAUAAAAUUCAACAAACUAAACAAAACUUGA